AUGCAGGCAGACAGACAGUUAGAAAAGAGCAAAAUGUUUUCUUCAACAAAAGUUGCUUCGUUGGCGAUGUCCAUUUCCCCACCCCCACAGGCUGUCUGUGUGUGUGUGUACGAAAAAAGUAAGCAAAUUGGUAUGCGGCUUGGUAAUAUAAUUUUCUUUUCUCUUUUGGUUGAAAUGUUUAUUAAUACCACUUUUCCUUGUGUGACGGAGCAUUCUGCACCGAAAGGAAGGGAUGUUUGCGUGCACCCUAAACGAAAUAAAUGUCACCCCCAUCACUACUUUGACGAUAACAAAAAACAAAUUUUGCUCCAAUCACUGCUUUUUUCCGUAGUUGGGUCCACGGAAGAUAGCACUCCGCACCUGCCGCCCCGCACAACUGUUGUAUUUUGUGUUUUUCCAAUUCCUCUCCCGUAUUGUAUCGACAUUUUUCCUAUGUGGAUCUUCGGAAUAAUAUCCUCCGGGUACAGUAAAAGCGCAGCACUUGGAAAAACUUUUCAUAAAGGGGCUCUGGGCCCUUUAAAAUUAUAA